CACUGAAGCACACGGUGUCGGUGGUUUUUGGAAAUCGAAAGUACAAUGGAAAGCGCAUUGGGUCAAAACGUGGCAAAUGAAAAAAAUCUACGUGCCCAUAUGGAAAAAAGUUUGGGCUCCGGUGAAUAUAAAAGAAUGGAUUCCACUUCCAGAUCACCACAAACCAGGGGCAAUUUGAGCCCCAACAAGAUCAACACACUUCUAGGUCAAAUGACAGUGUAUAACUGCACUUUAUAUGCGCUGCUUACGACUUUUGGUGAAAAGUAGACUGC